AAGUCUAGACAUUUAAAAAGAACUAGUUUAGCUUCAAGUGCAUCUGGGGAUAAUCUUGAACUUCAAAGCUCUUCUGUAUAUGCCUGGGUGGGGAGCAGGGGAUCCGGGUCCAUGACCAGAAAUGUACCCAGAGGACUGGGGCCACCACCCUUGCUCACCCUGUCCUCUGCCCCUGCAUCAGCUCCUCCCCUUCCGUCCCCUCAGUCCCCAGGGCUGAGCACAGUGCUUGUGCAUCAACAGGCCCUCCAGGUGGCUGCUGCGGGGAGCAAAGGACCUGAAACCUUGUUGUUGUCAACUGCCUGCAGGGAAGAGGAGACAAGGACCUGAUUUCUCUAGGCUUCUCUCCCCCGGUCCUGGGCAUUCACUUUACCCUCCAGGGCAGGGCCCGUGCACCUUCCCGCCUCACCCACCGUGUGCUGCAACAUGCAAAUCAUAGAGUUUGGGUCGAGGUCCAAAUCCCACCUUGGUUACUGGGCAGUUGAAUGACAAAAGCCACGUCUUCCAACCUCCUUGAGUCAAUUCCUCAUUUUCCUCCUUUUGUUCCAGGAGAUGUAGAUACAGUCUUUGCUCUCACUGAGCUUAUAUUCUGGUGGAAACAUAUACAGUCAAUGAAUUAAAAAUAAGAUUAUGAUGCAUUAAAGCAUGUCUCAGAAAAUAAAUAGACUGGAAUAACAGAGUAAUGAAAGAGAUGGACUUCUCCAAAAUAACCAGAGAAAGCCAUCUUGUGGAGGUGAUCUUUGAAUUAAGAGCUGAAGGACAAGAAAGUGUGAUCUGUGGGAAAAGCUAAGGGAAGGGAAUUGUCAGCAGUGGCAGCAGCAGGUGAGAAAGGCUCGGUGUGUUCAACCAGGAGAGACGAGUGUGGCGCGGUCGUGGAUGUAAGGAAAGAAUGGAGUGAGAUGGGCUCAGAGCAGCAGGCCGGAGCCAGGGCCUGCUGGAGCCUCAGUCAAGGACAAAGAGAAGCCUUGAGGGGUUUUCUUCAGGGAGCAUGACAACUGAGACCCUCAGAUGCUUAGGAUGAACAGAUUGGGGUAGGCCACAUUUGGAGGCUGCGUACAGGUCCAGGUGAGAGAUGAUGGUGAUAGAGCAGGAGAGGUGCAAACAGAUUCAUGUAGCACGUCUCCCUGACAUUGUCCCCCAACCGUGGUGUAUGCACCUUGAGGGCAGCACCCUCGUCUUGUCCUGGUAUUGUUCACCCACACAUCUGCGGAGCACCUGUGUACCCAGCGUUACCCUUGAUUUCUGUUAGUGUGCUCCGUCUUCAUUCUGGUCCCAUGAAAUAGUUACUAUUUCCAUUUUGUAUGCAAAGAAACCCAGAGAGAUUCCUUUUCAAAUCUGUCUGAUGCCCCAGCCACCUGUCUUACCUCUGUACCACUGUAUGUAUAGAUGCUGAUAACUGUGAAUCAGCGGGCUAAGGCUAAGUCCCCGGAUGUCCAAGAGGUACAAUGUGCAAGUACAGGAGAGUCUUUGGGCCAAAAAUAGCUUCUUUCAUACAGACACCAGUUGAAUGUUCUGCCCCAUUGGACCUGAAGGCCUCAGAUAAGAGAUGAAUGACCUGGGAAUGAAAAACACAUUUUGCUCUAGUCAGCUGUUAGAUCAGCAGAGGAACGCACGCUCCUGGGCGGUGUGCCACUGGGGAGUGGGAGGUAAGAAAGUUGCAUUUGGGAGGGUGAGGAAAACGAGGGGAGGUGGGGAAGAGAGUAUGGGGGUGAUGAGUGCUGGAGAGAACUAGGAGGGUGGUGCAAGUAACAGAUACCAGCGAGGGUACCUGCCCGCCCCGUGGCAGGCGUUGAAUACCUGUGCCAGACUCCUUAGCUUAUGGAGGUGUCUUGUAGGCUUCUCCUACUGAUCCUAUGAGGUGGGCCUGACUGUUUCCUUGAUUCUAGGGGGUCAUCAAUCUAAUAAAAGCUUUUCAUAGAAAAACAGACAUUACACUUUCACAGUGAUGUUUGUUACACUUUUAUUACUGGAAGAUAGAAUGUAUUUUUGCAUAAUGUAAGCACUUUCCUCUUCAGGAUAACAAUGCAGGCUUGAAUCAAAGCCUUAGAGGCGGAGGAGGCUUCCAGCCGGCUUCAGCUGUGCCCCUGCAGCUCUCUGUAACCCACCCAGGACUUCCUCCACACGCUUAGGGUUGACAGUGUAAUUUAGGGCACAAUUAAGAAUGCAGGGUUCCUUCUGCAUUUCCUACUUUAUUAAACUUGUAGUUUUUUUCCCCAUCUUUUGACUGACUGACACUCAGUGCUUGACAACCGCACAGCCUUCCCUAGCUUUGAGCCAUUCUGCUUAGAUUUGCCUAAAUCUGCAGUGUUCCUGCACUGACAGCCUCGUGUAUUCUGUCUGGUGACUGGCGAGGUCAUGGUUCUUGUUUUCAGCAUUGGUUCUGAGAUUCAUUCCUAUUGUUAAAAAAAAGUUCAAGUGUGUCUUAGAAUUAGUUUGUGAAGCUGAGAGUGAAGUUGCUGAAGAGGUUACAUCACCUGUCCCAACUGCCAGGUGGCAUCACUGGGAACCCAAAGCAAGCCUGUCACGUACUCCUCACCGUUCAGGGCACAAUUAUUCCCCUCCUCCUUCUCUUGAACCCUCUCCAAGCAGGCCUCCUUGCACCACGCCACCCGACCUGCUCUUGUCAAGGUCACAGAUGACCGCCCUCCACAUGGCCCGUUCUCAGUCACCAACGGUCCUUCCUAAGGACACCUGCCCUCUCUUGGCUUUCCUGGGUCCCCUGCAUCCGCCAGAGCCAGCUCAGUUCCUCUCCCCUACUCCUUGCCCACCUGCCCUUCAUGAGCUUGUCCCCAGACUCCUCCUGUCUUCUUGUCUUCGCUUCCUCAGUGACCAGCUGGCUUUCAGACACAAAUGACGCUCACGUGGAGACCUGCUCCCCCCUCUACUGCCUACAUGCAGCACUCCUGGGCUGCUAAUAAGCUUUGCAAACUCAAAGUCUUAACCCACACUGCAGUUUUCCCCUCCUGCCUCAUCCUACACUGGCUCCUUUGUGAUUUUUUUGCAUCUCAAUAAAGGGUGACUUACUUCUAGUUGCACAGAUAAAAAUAUUGGCAUCAUCCUUGACUCUUUUCUCUCUCACUCCUGUGUGCAAUCCUUUAGCAAAUUGUCUGCUUGACCUUAAAAUGACAUCUAAAAUUUAGUCCACAGCUACCACCCUGGCCCAGCCAUGUUAGCCACUCACCUAAUGUAACUGACCCACCUCUUUCUCCCAGGCCCUUCAACAGCCGCUUCCCCACCCAGCAGCCAGACUGACACUCCAGGGCCUAAGUCAGAUCAAGUUGUCAGCUGCUUAAAGCCAUCCAGGGGCUCCAUACCUCAGAGAGGCCAAGCCCUUAUGGGCAGCCGGGCCUACUGUCACCUGGUGCCCACUAGAUCUCUGACCUCUGCUUCUCCUGUGUUCCCGGGUGCUGACACUCUCCAGCCACCCGGGAGCCCCUGCUGUUCCCAGGUAUGCCGUGAGCAUCCACUGCAGGUGCUCAGGGCUUUGCGCCGGGGGCUUCCUCUGAGCUGCUCUCUUUUCCAGACUCCUACAUGGCUUGCUCCCUCACUUCCUUGAGUUUUCUGCAAGCAAUACCCCCAAGAGAGGCCUCCCUUGUACUGCCUGGAUAAAAACACCUCCCCGAAUUCUAUCCCACUCAGUCUGCUUGACCUGCCCCACAGUGCACACAUCCCUUGGGACGGCAGACGCUGCCUCGUCCAGGGCCCGUGCAUGCCGCACUGACCCAAGCCCCGUGGGAGCAGGGACACAACCACUCAGUCACCACUGUGUCUUAGCACAGCCCAUCCCAAAGCAGCUCUCUGAGAACGACUGCUGAGUUAGCAGACAAAGGAGGAAUGAGUGGAGAGCCCAGUACCGGAGGUAAGGCUGAGCUGUCAGGGAAACAGGCGCCCCUACUGCCCAGACCCAGGAGUCGGAACAUCCCCCCUAAGGCACACCUGGAACGGUCAGCAAUGACAGCCCCAGGCUGACGUACUGGCCUCAUAUCCCCACAGGUCUGCGGCUCUCGUGGGCACGGUGAGGCUCUUGCUAUGACCGCAGUCUCUUUGAGGAGCCAGGACCGUCCCUUGCCACAGCAGCCGCGCCUCCCUCCCACUCCGCCCUGCCCGCCCUCGGCCCCGAGCCACCAUGGGCAGCGUCAGCAGCCUCAUCUCAGGCCACAGCUUCCACAGCAAGCACUGCCGGGCUUCGCAGUACAAGCUGCGCAAGUCCUCCCACCUCAAGAAGCUCAAUCGGUAUUCAGAUGGGCUGCUGAGGUUCGGCUUCUCCCAGGACUCGGGUCGUGGCAAGUCCAGUUCCAAAAUGGGAAAAAGUGAAGACUUCUUCUACAUCAAGGUCAGCCAGAAGGCCCGGGGCUCCCACCAUCCAGACUACACUGCACUGUCCAGCGGGGACAUAGGGAGCCCAGCGGGGGUGGACUUUGGCCCUCCCACCCCACCCAAGCUCAUGCCCUUCUCCAAUCAGCUAGAAAUGGGCUCAGAGAAGGGUGCGGCGAGGCCCACAGCAUUCAAGCCGGUGCUGCCACGCUCAGGAGCCAUCCUCCACUCCUCUCCGGAGAGCGCUGGCCACCAGCUGCACCCUGCCCCGCCAGACAAGCCCAGGGAGCAGGAGCUGAAGCCCAGCCUGUGCUCUGGGGCCCUGUCGGACUCCGGCCGGAACUCCAUGUCCAGCCUGCCCACGCACAGCACCACCAGCAGCUACCAGCUCGACCCACUGGUCACACCCGUGGGGCCCACCAGCCGUUUCGGGGGCUCAGCCCACAACAUCACCCAGGGCCUCAUCCCCCAGGACAGCAACAUGAUGAGCCUGAAGGCCCUGUCCUUCUCGGACGGGGGCAGCAAACUGGCCCACUCCAGCCAGGCAGACAAAGGCCCCUCGUGCGUCCGCUCCCCGAUCUCCACGGACGAGUGCUCCAUCCAGGAGUUGGAGCAGCAGCUGCUGGUGAGGGAGGGCGAGCUGCAGAAGCUGCGGCGCAGCUUCGAGGAGAAGGAGCUGCCUCCCAGCCAGGCCCACGAGGGGCCGUGGCGCGGCAAGGAGGAGCCGGAGGGCCCGGAGCUCAAGGGUGGCGGCAAGCUGAAGCCGGCCUCGCAGAAGGGCCAGCGCCCACAGCAGCUGCUGCACCUGCAAGUGCUGCAGCUCCAGCAGGAGAAGCGGCAGCUCCGGCAGGAGCUUGAGAGCCUCAUGAAGGAGCAGGACCUGCUGGAGACCAAGCUCAGGUCCUAUGAGAAGGAAAAGACCAGUUUUGCCCCUGCACUGGAGGAGACCCAGUGGGAGGUGUGCCAGAAGUCGGGUGAGAUCUCUCUCCUGAAGCAGCAGCUCAAGGAGGCCCAGACGGAGAUCAACGCCAAGGCCAGCGAGAUCCUGAGCCUGAAGGCGCAGCUGAAGGACGCUCGUGGCAGGCUGGAGGGCGCGGAGCUCAGGACGCGGGACCUGGAGGGCGCUCUGCGCACCAAGGGCCUGGAGCUGGAGGUCUGCGAGAACGAGCUGCAGCGCAAGAAGAAUGAGUCGGAGCUCCUGCGCGAGAAGGUGAACCUGCUGGAGCAGGAGCUGCGCGAGCUGCGGGCUCUGCGGGCCCAGGCCGCCCUGCAGCGGGACGGGCUGGCCCUGGGGCCUGGCCUCGCAGAGGACAUCCCCGUGCUGCAGCGGGAGCUGGAGCGGCUGCGCGCUGAGCUGCACGAGGAGCGGCAGGGCCACGACCAGAUGUCCUCAGGCUUCCAGCACGAGAGGCUGGUGUGGAAGGAGGAGAAGGAGAAGGUGAUCCAGUACCAGAAGCAGCUGCAACAGAGCUACCUGGCUAUGUUCCAGCGGAACCAGCGCCUGGAGAAGGCCCUGCAGCAGCUGGCCCGGGGGGAGGGCGCCGCGGAGCCCUUAGAGGUGGACCUGCAGGGGGCCGACAUCCCCUACGAGGACAUCAUAGCCACUGAGAUCUGAGGGGCCCGCGGCGAGCGGGAGAGCAGAGACCUGGUGUUGGAAGUCGGGGGGCUGAGCCCCUCCAUAGCCCCUGCUUAGCACCAACCUGGGGGGCGUGCAGGAGGGGCAGCUCCCUGGCUUCCCUCCCCUGCCCACCUCCCAGAGCUUCCCCCAUCACUGGAGCCUGCUAGACCUCUAGCCUUCCUGAGAACUGGGUCCAGGACCUCCAUCGUCUGGCUAAGGGCUCCCUAAACUUUGGCCUGUGUUCAGAAUACUUAGAGACCCUCUCCCAGGGAUGAUGGGCGACUGCUGUGAAGGCUGAGGCCACUCCAGAAGCCGCUUUCCGCCUCUCCCCUUGGCCCCUUUCCUCCCCCAGGCACACUGGGAUGCCUUGGGAAUAGAAAGAAGCCACUUGUGACCACAAGUCCUGGAAAUGGACCCUGUCCUGACCUGAGCUGCUUUCCUCUGGCCACGGAGUUCCAGGGCUGAGUUGGGGGUGGAGAGUCUGCCUUGGCAGCAUCAGAGCCCCCCCAACCCAACCUGGGCAAACCACAGAAGUGGGGGAUGGCCAGGGCUGCCCAGAGUGACUAGCCUCAGCGGGACCCAGAGGGUGCAGGGGAGAGAACCUGCGUCCUCCUGGCCACACUCUGCUGGGCCCCGCUGGCCAGACGUGAGCAGUCUCUGGGUGGCUGGUGGCCUCUGACCUCAGCAACCACUCCUAAGACCAUAGACAUGGGGCCCUGGGCUGGUGCCAGGGAGAGAAGAUUGGAGGCCCCCUGACAGUGAGGGCGUGGCUUUCCAGCUGUCCCAGGGAGAGCCUCAGGGGCUUUUUUCUUUCCUUGGGGACCUCCAGGUUUGGUUUUCCCCAUCUGGUUCAAGUUGGCUAGCAGCUUCUCUGAGCUUCUUUCCUUCCCAAGAGGCAAGCCCUUGCUGCAUGCAGAAGAGCCCACACCCACUGAGACAGUGCAGAGGUGAUGGGCGUGUAGAUCAGUUCAGGUCCCAUGCCCGAUUCCAGUGGAAGUCCUUAGAGGUUGGCAGGGUCUGCAGGGGACCCAUGGGCCAGAGCCCCAGGCAGGAGAGUGAGCCCCAGGGCUGCCACGUGCCUCCAGCUAUAAAGAAUCCAAGAUCCAGGGAGCUGCAGCUCAUGGGGACUGGGCCAGCGCCCUGGGGGAAGCUGGGCUUCUCUCUCCAGGAUGUGCAGAGCUGGGGGAGUAGAGAAACGGCGGAGUGUCCCAGUUGCUUGGUUCAAGAAAUUUACUUUUUUUCUUCUUUCAUCUUUUUUUCCUUGUCUUUUCAGAAGCAAGCCAGAUCUAGCAGGCAGCCAGGCUGUUGCAUGUUCUAUUUCUGCCUCUAGCCACAGCUGCUGUUCUUAGGACAGCCAGCCCUCACUGGGCUCCUGAGCCCCGUGCCUGCCUGCUGAGCGGGUUCAUGGAGGUGGGAGAAAAUAGAACAUAGAACGUCUGUGUCCCUCACAGCCUGAGACCAAUGUCCCAGCCCAGUUCUGCCUCCCUGGCAGCCAGCCCCGGUAGUGCCCGAGGUGCAAGUGGGGGGCUGUUUCUCUUCUUGUGGCCCCGCCUCCCCCCUAGGGUCUGCCACAUGCCCUCCGGUAGCCUGGGCUGAGGGCAGGCCCUUCCCUGCAGGGAGUUCUGCCUUCCAGUGCCCAGGGUCAUGCUGUGUCUGCCCUGCUGCCUCCACCUGAGAAGGGCUUUUCUGGAAUGUCUCUUAGUCAUGAGCCAGAUUUACCCUGGAAUCUGGGCCAAGGGACCCUCACCAGGUACAGCACAUACCCUCAAGUCAAAGAUGCCCCGUUCCUUGUGCCACAGCCCUCAGCCCCUCCAUUUCCGCCAGCCUGUGCCUUGUCUGAGUCCUUCCCAGUGGCACUUCUCCCCAGGCUGGAGAUAACCCCCACCCUCAAAGAGCAGCCCAAACCCCAGUGCUCUGCCCUCAAGUCCUCACCUGAGAAGAGGGGGUGCUAAGCCCUGGGGAGGGGGUGCAGGGGCAAGACCUGGGUUACCUCGGUGUGAGCAU